UAAAAGGCCUUCGGAGUGAGAAUAGAUUAUUCCAUGUGUUCUUUGCUGUGCGAGGGGUAGCUUGAAGCAAAUGGCUUGUUUUGUAUUCUAACUCCCAGAAACCAAAAGCCAGGCACCAUUCAGGAUUGAAGCAUCAAAUCUGAGCUGCCAGAUCAAGACACCGACUUUUUCCGAGUUCUGUCAAGUGAAGAUCUAGGGCAGCCUCUGUCUCAGGAGUGUGUUCUUGGCGUUAACCAGCGCCGCUGUGAAGUGGAUUAUGAGUUUACUUGGUUGAAUCCGUGUCAUUCUUUGGAGCGGACGUGGUGGUUUAAUGAUAUAUUUUGUCUUAAAUUUUAAUCUGGAGAAAGGCCUGAUCUCCUUGUUUCUCUCAUCUCUCUGCAUCAAAGGCGAUGAAUUAAGAUGCAGCAUACCUCGUGCACAGAGGACCGCAUCCAUCAUGCCUUAGAGAGAUGCCUUCACAGACUCAGCCAGUCCUCCUCUGCGGACACUUGGAGCGCCGGGCUGUGCAUGAAUCGCUGGAGCCUGGAGGAGCUGGUGAAUCGAGACCCCGAGAACUUCCUCAUCCUCCUUCAGCAGAUACUGAAGAAAACCAGAGAGGUGCAGGAGCAAUGCGAGUACAUCCUGGUUGCCCCGUUGGCUCUGAUGUUUUUCUCCACAGCCUUACAGACUCCUUACUUCCCCCCGCACUGCGACCUGCUGAGGGAGGCCUGCGAGGUGUACCACAGCUUCCUGACCUGGCCCGAGCCGUACUGCAGCGUGUGCCGAGACCUCCUCACAUUCAUCCACCAGGAGCUGAAGGCCCCAGGGAUUUCCUAUCACAGGCUUGUAAGAGAAGAGCAAGGAUUAGCCACUGACAAUCAGCAAUCCAAGACCAUAACGGUGCUGCUGAUGAAUCCCUCUGAUAUCCCUCCGGAGUUCCUGGCGGUAUCAGAGCAGCUCAGCAAUGUCAGGCACUCACAGAAAGACGCCUACAUCAUCCUCAUCAAACACGCCUAUCAGUCUGCUUUUGGUGCUCGGUACCCCCUGGACUGCAUGCAGAAAGUGCUGGAGUCGAAAAAGGUAGAAGAACUCAGUUCCAUCUUUUCAGACAUCACAGACAUUUUGGAAACAGCUGUUUCUGUGGAGGACAUUGACAAGGCCAGGGAGCAUUUACUUGAGGAUCUGGAAAGGCUUAGGGAGAAAAUUGGACUUCCGGCGCCAAACAGUAAGAAAUCAGAAGGCAUGCUGCAGACUCUGUCACUGCCCAUUGCCAGGUGUCACACGUACCACUGGGAUAAGGACAAUUUCGACAUUUUGAACGAGAUCUUCCAGGCCGAGUGUGACCUGGCUGAAGCUCAGCCCCAGCCAGAUGAGGGGGAGGACGACGAGGAGGAAGAGGAGGACGUGGAGGAAGAGGAAGUGGCAGUGAACGGCUGUGUGGAUCACAGAGCCUCCACCUUCUCCACCGUCUCCAUCCUCUCCACUGCCUCCAAGGACUCCAUGCUCUCCAAUAACUCCUUCUCCUCCAUCUCCUCCUCCUCGUCGGGGCCCAGCCGGCUGUCGGUGGCCUCGGGGAUGGACAGCGACUUCUGUGAGGACACCGAGGAGGAGAGCAGCACAGACAAAACUCCCAAAGCCAGAGCCAGGCUGGGCAAACGCAUCUCCAUGCUAUUCAAGUCCAAGAGCAGCAACUCGCUAAACCGGGCAAAAAGCUUGGGAAACACAGAGGCCAAAGACUAUGUAACGAUCAGAUCCAAGAGGUCGAACUCUCUGCCCCAGCAGGUUCACCUGCAGAGCCCAGAGAAUAUGUUUCUCAGGAAUGUCUGCUACAGGAGGAGACCUAUCCUGAGCUGCGACGAGGACACCAAAACCACAACCCUAAGGGUGGUGGUUUUUGGUGCAGAUCAGAUUACCGGAAAAGUGGCGAGAGCCUACAGUAAUCUCAGACUUCAGGAAAGCAGGUGCCCUCGCCUAACCAGGCUCUUUAAGCUCCAGUUCUUUUUCAUCCCAGUGAAGAGGAACUCCAGCAGCCCUGCAGUGGGAGUGUCCAGCCCUGGCAGUCUGUCAGACAGCCCUGGGAGGGGCAGCAUGGCCGUGGACCCGAGUCUGCCCUGCCUGGAGGACAGCACCAACGACAUUGCGCAAUACCUUGGCAUGCUGGAUCCCUGGUAUAAGCGCAACAUGCUGAGCCUCCUGAACCUGCCCGUGGAGGUGCUCUGCCAGCAAACUUCCAAAACCGAGCCUGACGUGUCCAGCAGCACCAGGGAGCGGCUGCCCAUCCUGGCGGACAUGGUUCUGUACUACUGCAGGCACGCAGCUCGUCCAGUGCUGGUCCAGCUCUACCAGGCUGAGCUGAUGCUGGCAGGCGGGAUGAAGCGAACGGAGGUGUUCAUCCACUCCCUGGAGCUGGGCCACACCGCUGGGACUCGUGCAGUCAAGGCCUCUGGGCCAGUCUGCAAAAGAUUUGGGAUUGACGGGGACCGGGAAGCAGUGCCGUUAACACUAGAAAUCGUUUACAAUAAGGUGAGCGUCAGUGGGCGAAAUCAGUGGAGUAAAGUGAAUAAAAUCUGCACCUCUGUUAAUCUCACCAAAGCCUGUAAGAAACCGGAAGAGCUAGAUUCAAAAAUGGAGUGCCUUCAGCUGACCAUGACAGAAGUUCUGAAGAGACAAAACUCCAAGUCCAAAAAAGGUUACAAUCAGCAACUCAACACCACGCAGGUGAAGGUGGACAAAGUCCAGGUGUCAGGAGCUUGCAACACCACCUUUGCUGUGUGUUUGGACCAGGAUGAGAGGAAGAUCUUUCAGAGUGUGACCAGGUGCGAGAUUUCCGUCUGCUACAAGCCGGAAAGUGGGAUGCACUGGAGGAUCCGGAAGGCCCUGUCCUCUCAGCCGCUUUGUCCUGAGUUCUGCUCACUCCUCUGCCUCCCUAUCUCCACCUUCAGCGGCGCUCAUUCCUGAUGACGUGCCCGGAAAGCAGCUGGCUUCAUGGAAAGCCGUAGCCUGGAGGCUUCUGAAUCCUGGGAAAAAGAGUAAAGCAGCUCUUCUGUACCUGGACUGAAGUCCGUGUCUCCUGGUGCUGGGAACAAUAGCUUGUCACUGCUGUUUUUCAUACACUGUAGUCUAGGAGGUGCAAGGCCGGUGACCCCUGCCCUCAUGGCUCAUGAGGGUGGAAAAUAAUUUUGCAGAAAGUUGGUGUUGACUUUUUUAAGAGGGUUUUCCGACAGUGUUUUUUUGUCGUCACAAAAUGUUUGUCCUUACAGGUGAGGUUUUAUCGUCUCCUUUCAGAAGAGCCCACCUGAUUGGGUGAGCUCUGACAAACAUUAGAGGGUAUUCCCUCUGUGGGGGUGUCUCAGUGUGGCUCGGGAGCAUGCUGGGUAGGUCAGGUGGCUACCGUGCAUUGUUCAGUCCAUGAGGAAAGGACACGGGCACCUCCUCAUUAUUCCCCGUCGGGACCUGCUCACUUGCUUUUCUGUCCUACAGUAUGCUCGAGUUCGAGUAUGGCUCUGUAAGAUACAAUGCUCUCUAUGAAGAGCCUAUGACAGUCCUUUUCUGUUGAGCUUUUGUGCAGUGAAAGUUCAACUGAAGAGAGAAAUUGAGGUAAUUCAUAUCUUAAUAUUUUGAUUUUUUUUUUUGUAUUGCUAAAAAGAACCUAACUAGCAGUUUAGCUGACCUGACUGCUUUUGACAGAUAACUAGGAAAUAAAUCCUUUUAUUAAUGAUUUUUCAUUACGAUUAUUUAAAUUUUCACGAAAGAAGCAACGCUUCCACUUUGCAAUUAUGCAGAAGUGUAUGUUUUUCUGUACAUACUAAUUUAAUGAAAAAAUAUGGCCAAGAUUUACUGUUAGCAUAGAGAUAGGCGAUUGCUUUGCAGUCCUAUCAAAACAGAUAUGAGCACAUACUGUAUAAUGCUUUCUCUAUCCUUUUCAUAGUAACCAGGAUUUGUCCAUUUUGUCCACAUAUUUAAAACAUAUUGUCAUUUGUCCACAUAUUUGAUGAACAAGUAGACAUUAGUUACACAAUAAUUACAUGCUGGAAAAAGAGAGUGACGUCUGCAGGUUCUACAACCAAAACAUGAUGUAUUUAAUUAUUUCCAGCAUGAAAUUACCCAUACUCUGACACAGUUCCUCACUUUAUCCUACCAUUUGGUUCUGUGAGGUAUUUUUAAUUAUUAUUGUGAUUUCUUUAUAUUUUUACAGUGUUCAUGGACAGUGAAGAACUUUGCCAUAUGCCAUGCAAUAUCUUGUCUGUCUCCUCGUUGUUUGCAUGUACUGUGCCGCUAGUGAAUAUCUGAUGAAAUGUGCAAUAAUCUGAAAUGUUCUCUAACCGAUAUCAUGCAUAAACUGCAAGAACUUGCCACAAUAAUCAUGUUUUCCCAUUGCAGCUAGAACCAAUUGCACUCUAAUUCUUACAGCACUAAUAUCCACAAUCAACAGAAACAGAUUUUAUUUUUUUCUCAAUCUUAUUGUAAAACCAACACACAUUAUGCAGUGUGAAAAUCAAAGGGCACAUUUACACCUCAUCCCUAAUAAUCCAUAUAUCCUGAAUCUCAGUUAAUACACAAUGCUAGCUGUGACUCUGUAUGCCAGGAAGGAUCUGAUAAUGCACUGACAUUGCUUACUACCUGAAUUAUACACAGAAUUAUAUACUGCAAUACAGCACCUCGAACCUAAGAGACUCUCUUGAAACACUUUGACUGAAGUGACCUCCCGUGGGAGGAAGUUUUUUAUUUUCUCAGGGAGGUGAAGGAAUUUUUCCAUUAUCCCCAGUGGGAAAAAGUAAUUCCUUAAAAACAGUAGCUGGCUGAUCUCCAUAUGCACAUUGUAACGUGCAAUUACUGUACCUAGAAGGAGAUACAGUAUGGUACAUCUCAAGAUUAGAAAAUAAUGGAAAAAUUCUAGUCUGUAUUUAUGCACCUGCAUUUUGGUACGCAGAUAAAAGGGACUGAAAUAUGAAAUAUGACCUUGUGUGACUAGGCUUUGAGCUGACAUUCUCCGUAAGUCAUAUGGAGGGAGAACACAAAGACGAAACUAUGGUAUAAUGAAAUGGCUGUACAAUUCUAUUUUUUGUUUUAUGAGUUUGUUUUUCUUUAACUGUAUUAUUAAGGUUAAGGUCUAGAUCGAAUCAAGAAUUAAACCCACUCACCACUUCCAAAUGAUAAAUUGGGGGAGUUAAUUGCAAGUUACCAUUAGGUAGAGGUAUGAAAAACUCUGGAAAGAACAAUAGAUGCCAACAAAUACAGGCAAUUUAAUUUGGGAGUGUUGGGGGUGAGUCACAGUUUUGAUUUAAUCCAGUCCUUAAUCUGUACAGAAUGAUAACAAAUGUUCCGGGUGUAUCUAAAAAAACAUAUUUUGUUAGAUUCAUGCUGAGAACGUUUUCAGCCAAUUUGUACCAUUUCUGGUCUAACCUUCCCUAUGGGAGUCCUUCAUUUGAAAAUGUUUACAUGUUUUGUUACUAUGAUUUUGUGCAUCUGUCAUUAUGAAGCUUUUAAGGUUUGUAAAAUAAUGUUAUACAGUAUGUAAAGACUAUUUGGAAAAAAAAUCCUAACGAUUUGUAAAAAAAAAAAGAUUA